AAAGCUCAAAGAAGAAGAGUGUCCAGUACAGUGUACCGGUUGGCGCCUGGUUCAUUCAUACGGGAAGUCUCCGUGGUCGUGAACGUAAACAUCAACCUGUAGUAAACAUGGCGGGUUACUUGAAGGCUGUGAGCUGCAUGUCCAGAGGAGUGUCUCUGUCUCGAAACCCCGCGGUGCUCUCACCGGCCACCGGCUGCCUCCUCACACCACAGCACAGAAACUAUGCCACCAAGCGCAUCAAGGUGGAGAAGCCGGUGGUGGAGAUGGACGGAGACGAGAUGACCCGCAUUAUCUGGGAGUUCAUUAAAGAGAAGCUCAUCUUGCCCAAUGUGGAUGUUGAGCUGAAGUAUUUUGACCUGGGUCUGCCCUACCGGGACCGGACAGAUGACCAGGUCACCAUUGACUCUGCUCUGGCAACCAAGAAAUACAAUGUGGCUGUGAAGUGUGCCACCAUCACCCCUGAUGAGGCCAGAGUUGAGGAGUUUAAGCUAAAGAAUAUGUGGAAGAGUCCAAACGGCACCAUCAGGAACAUCCUGGGUGGGACAGUUUUCCGCGAGCCGAUCCUUUGUAAAAAUAUCCCUCGCCUUGUUCCCGGUUGGACACAACCCAUAGUCAUCGGCAGACAUGCUUUUGGAGAUCAGUACAGGGCCACAGACUUUGUUGUCGACCAGCCUGGAAAGUUCAAGAUGGUGUUUUCCCCGAAUGAUGGUAGCAAGCCGAGGGAGUGGGUGGUGUAUGACUUCCCUGCAGGGGGCUGCGGGAUGGGAAUGUACAACACUGAUGAGUCGAUCAGUGGAUUUGCUCACAGCUGCUUCGAGUAUGCCAUCCAGAAGAAGUGGCCUCUGUACAUGAGCACCAAGAACACAAUCCUCAAGGCCUACGACGGGCGCUUCAAAGACAUCUUCCAGGACAUCUUUGAGAAGAAGUACAAGCCAGAGUUUGACAAGCUAAAGAUCUGGUACGAGCACCGUCUCAUUGAUGACAUGGUGGCCCAGGUCUUGAAGUCCUCUGGAGGAUUUGUCUGGGCCUGCAAGAAUUACGACGGAGAUGUGCAGUCAGACAUUCUGGCUCAGGGUUUUGGCUCUCUGGGUCUGAUGGCAUCUGUUCUUGUUUGUCCUGAUGGUAAGACUAUUGAGGCUGAGGCUGCACACGGCACGGUCACCAGACAUUACCGUGAACACCAGAGGGGAAGACCGACCAGCACCAACCCCAUUGCCAGUAUCUUUGCUUGGACCAGAGGACUGGAGCACAGAGGCAAACUGGAUGGAAAUCCUGACUUGAUAAAGUUCUGCCAGACUUUAGAAAAAGUGUGUGUGGAAACUGUGGAAAACGGUGUGAUGACUAAGGACCUUGCAGGCUGCAUCCAUGGAUUGACCAACUGCAAGCUGAAUGAACAUUAUGUCAACACGGCAGACUUCCUGGAUGCUAUCAAGAACAACCUCGACAAGACUCUUGAGCAAAUGAAAACAAUCAGAAGAUGUGCUUACAAUGUAUAAAGACAAACAAUCGGACUCAAAGCUGAUCGUUUGCUCUUACUGACAUUGUUCCCUCUUUUCUAGAUCCUUGCUUUUGUUGUUCUUACUCUCUGAUGUACGUCGCUUUGGAUAAAAUCGUCUGCUAAGUGAAUUGUAGAUUCAAGCUGUUUUUACCCAACUUUUGUAUGAAUUUGUAUCUAGUAUUGAAUGAACCAAAUUAGCUUUAUUUGUGACAUAUUUGUAGCUUACAGGCACACAGUGCUUGAGGUCCUCUGCCUUUCCUGUUGCCAUUGGACCAAUGCUGUUUUGCACAAUCAACAAAAUGCAUUGUAUUAAUUGAAAUGAUAAUUUAUGAUGGCCAUUUUUAGAGAAGUUUAAAUAAUUUAUAUGUAAUUAUUAAGUAUCUUCAGGGACCAACAGUAUGUAUAUUACAAGGCCAUGUUUUGCAUUGUCAGCAUGAUUAUUUAAAAAGUAAGACAUUGUGAUUUCUGAA